AUGAAUGUUUUGUUAAAAUUAUCGUUGUUGUUAUCGAUAACAACGCUUCAUCAAAUCACCCAUGCAAUCAACUGGGAUAGUGAAAUAGUUGCAACAUCGAAAGAAUUGGAACUGGCUAGUCAUGAUGCCUUAGCAAAGUAUUUUAAUGGUCAUUUGAAUGAUGAGAAUAUAUUUCGUUCACGUCAAAGUAUGCAGAAAUUGGUUGGCGAUUUUGUGGACGUCGAUAAUUCCAGCAUGGUGAACCACAAUUAUGAUAAUAUGACUGCAUGGCUGAAAGAAUAUGCGACGAAAUAUCCGAAUAUAACGUAUCUCUAUUCGAUUGGUCAAAGUCUGGAGGGUCGAGAGUUAUGGAUUAUGGUGAUUUCGAAGUACCCACAAGCACAUCAACUUGGAAUACCCGAAUUUAAGUAUGUCGGCAACAUGCAUGGCAAUGAGGUUGUUGGACGUGAGGCGUUGUUGUAUUUGAUAGCGAUUCUCUGUGAGAAUUAUGGUAAAAAUGAUUAUAUGACAAAAAUGGUUGAUACGACACGCAUACACAUAAUGCCGUCAAUGAAUCCGGAUGGUUAUGAACGCGGAUAUAUUGGUGAUCGUACUGGAUAUAAAGGUCGUGGUAAUGCACACGAUGUUGACUUGAAUCGUAAUUUUCCACCUCGAUUCCCGGGACAUCGUGAGAACACAGGUGGCUUUGGUCCAGAGAAGGAAACUAUGCUGAUGAUGAAAUGGUUCAUUUAUCUCCCAUUUGUAUUGUCAGCAAAUCUACACGGAGGCUCACUUGUUGCUAACUAUCCGUAUGAUGAUUCAUUGACUGGCCAGGAUGGAAUUUAUACAGCAUCUGCGGACGAUCGUUUAUUUGUUGCAUUAUCUUAUACAUAUGCUCGUGCACAUGAAAAUAUGUGGAAAACUGGUCGAAGAUGUGGUUUGAACGUGAAUGGUGAUUCGUUCUUGAAUGGUAUUACGAACGGUGCUGGCUGGUAUCACUUAGCUGGUGGCAUGCAAGAUUGGCAAUAUUCGCAUACUAACUGUAUGGAAAUUACCAUCGAGAUGGGUUGCUUCAAAUUUCCAUAUAAUGUAAUGUUACCGAAAUUGUGGAGCGAACAUAAAUACUCACUGUUAGCCUUCAUGGAGUUUGUUCAUAGAGGGCUGAAAGGGUUUGUUUUCAAUUCGGAUGCUGAAGCGGUAGGCGGUGCUGUUUUAUCGGUGAACGAAGGUAAAAACAUUACCACCACUCGCGAUGGAGAAUUUUGGCGUAUUCUUCUACCUGGAAAAUACAAGAUGGUUAUAUCGCAUAGAGAUUAUGAAACGAAAACACUCGAUAUUGAAGUAGAAAGUGGUAUCGCAAAACAAGUCAAUAUCACUUUAGCUGAUAAAGUUUGUAAGCCAAUCAAAGGCGAUAUACAUAUUCGUGGGCAUGGUCAUCGAAUAAAUGUUGCUCUAGUCGGUGUAGACUCAUUUGCUGAGCAAAUCAUAUCAUCACUCUUGAACAUAACGUGUAAAAGUAAUGAACUGUUCAAUGAAAUAUUCAAUAACGCUACCCUUCAUAUUGUAACGCUCUUCUCAUCAAAACUUCAUAAUCAGUAUUUUAAGGAGCAAACAUCAUUAGAUGCAUUAAUCGUGCUCGGCCAAGGUGCGUCAAAGUCAACGAUGUUUAGUGCUGGUGAACUGACACCAUUAUCUUUCAAUCAAUCCGAAUUCGAUGAAACACUUCGAAAACUGUUCACGAAUGUUUCGAAUGGAUGUGAAAAUCGUUUAUUGGAUUCGGAUGUAUCGUCGAUGGUCGAUAUGAUGAAUUUAAGAAAUACGUUUCAGUUGGGCAUUUCAAUGGGAUGUUCUCAUUAUGAUCAAAAUAUCUCUAUGGUUGCAUUAUCUGCUGUAUUACAGACAAUUGUAAGCAUAUAUGCUGAUCGGAAAGAUCGCGUCAAUGAAUAUUCAGUAGUGCCAUCGGCAAAUCCAACUGAUCACUUUUUACCUUCUGAAGUGAUAAUGGCAACAAGUGCUGGACUAGAACGCAUUCAACAAAUGCAUUGUGCUGAAACAAUCAGUAUUACUGAUGGAUUAAAUGCACUUCUAUUCGGACCGUCAUUCAGAUCACAUACAUUGAUUAUUGCUGUUGAACAAAAAACGGAAACUCUUGUGUAUGAGUUGGCGUCACGUUUAUGCGAUGCAUCUUCGCAACAGACGACGAAUAUGAACAUUAAUUUUAGCGAUACGCCGCAAUACGACGACGAUAAUAAUAAUAAGAUAUUGUCACCUCUAAAAGCCGUAUUGCGUUCAUCAACAUUAGUAUUAAUCCCAGAAAUUCCACAUACGCAAUUGAAUUGUCAUGAUUAUUCGUCAGUCGUACCAUUUGAACCACUAGUAACCAAAAUUGUUCAACAUUUUCCAUUAAUCGAUUACGUUAUAUUUGCGGCAAGUGGCGGUUUAAAAGUGCGUUACAUAAACGGUAAUUCGACUGGUCUUGCGAAGCAGUUUGCCAUUGAAUAUGCACAAAAGCAUUAUUUAAUGAAUGUCGAUAAACCUGAAAUGUGCUCUAAUGCGGAGUCAUCACGUGCCACAGUAGCAGAACUAAAAUGGGAUAAGCAUUCAUGGCCUAAUUCAUAUAACACACUUGAUGGAUUAUUGGUACAAACAGCGUGUUGUUAUGAAGAACGUGGCUCUGGACAUCUCUAUGAUGAAAAUAUAGAUUCAAUCGUUGCCGUUCUCAGAUUGGUAUUCAUUCUUACUGAUUACUUUUAUUUAAAAACGCAAGGUGUUGCUGGACAUAUAUUGACGACCUCAUUAAUCGUUAACAGAAACUCAUUAGAUAAAAGUUUAACGGCAUCCGUUAGCAUAAAUGAUAGUACAAAUGUUAAUAUAACUUUGAAUAAUGGGUAUUACUUCAUUUGGUUACCGCAAGGAACGCAUCAGCUCUCAUUUAUGAUUCAAGGAUAUAUGAAGACAUCAUUCACUGUUAAGGUGAAUCAAUUCUCUCAAACACUUCGUAAUAUUCGAUUAUCGAAACCAUUCAAAGUGUCAUCUCUGUUCACUUCCUCAAAUAUCGUCGUCACUUUGAUCGCAUUCGUUGUGAUGGCUGCUGUCUUUGUGUGCAUUUAUGAGCUAUUUUGCAAUCGUGGCGUGAAUGGCGGCCGUCCAUGGGAGGAUGGUUUUGAGCGUUUGCCAUUGAAUGAAGUGGAUAGUGAUAAUAGUUGGGAUGAUGAGAAUGAAGCGUUCACUGAUGUUGACAAUGAACGACGAACAAAGCAGAUUUUGUAA